CAGAAUGAGAUAAGCAGCCAAUCCAUACGUGUGGGUGGGCUGGCAUCCCUGCUGGGGCACCAGAUAUAUAACAGCCAGGGAUAAGUCAGAGGAAGGCACACACCAAGCAUCAGGAAAAAGCAAGGAGAUGUCGUACAAGCGUGGCACCUGCUUGGGGUUCAUUAUGCUCCUCAUGGUCUCUCACCACCACACCAAGGGGAAACCACUGUCCAGCCUGCAGAGCUUGACCAGGUUGCUAGAGGACAACUUUGAGCGUUCCUAUGGUUCCGAUGAGGCAGAUCAGCAGCUGGCACCGACCGAUUCUCUGGACCAGCUGGACCCAGAACUUCAGUGGAACAAAAACCGGUUGGAGCAAGGCGACGGUCCCCAUGUUAAUGAGAUGACGCUCCAGCAGCUGCUAAACGACCCCGUCGGCACGUCACGAAGAUACAGGCAAAGAAGCAAAAAGGGCUAUUCUAGAGGAUGUUUCGGGGUGAAGCUGGACAGAAUCGGAGCAUUCAGUGGGCUGGGCUGCUGAGUUAUAGGGUCAGCGUCACUCAUCGAUGGGACUGGAUAUCAUUCAGCUCCAGAACACAUCAACAUUCUUCAACUUUGACACCCACAUAAUGUGUUUCAACCACCAACUCGGCCAUCAAUAUUUCAGUCAUCCUAUUUUGUAAGAUCAGAUGACAGACCUUUACUUUGGAACUUUAUGGGCCUCGUUUACUAGGGUGUUACGCUCUGCACAUAGUAAUGCAGCCAGGGGCACCUUACUGUGAUGUACUAGAAGUGAAUGUGAUUUAUAUAUGUGUGCGUAAGAAAUGCACGCCGACGCCUGGCUGGGACUGGGAACACGCAACACCCCCAUCCCUAUCCAAGCAAGCACGGCCACCGCCAUUGCAGCCUAUUCCUGAGCGCACAGCAGAUGGCGGGCAGAUUCAGAGGACUGAACAAUUACUUCUGCAGCGUCCUCAUGCAAUAUUGAUGUUGAUCAUUUUUUCUAGUUGUCUCAGUUUGCUUCAGCUCGGAAAUGUGUCUGUUUAAAUAUUAAAGUCCAUUUAAUGUUUACCCAGUUCUGCUUAAAUAUACAAAGUAUUAAUAAAUAAAACAAUAAACGAAUAUCCAUCA